UCGCAGUCAAUAAUUUAUUGGCAGGGCCGGUGCUCUUUAACUUGAAGAAAUGUCUUAAAUUCUCUCAUGAAAAAUUUCUGUAAGAAGUCUUUUUUCGUUAUAUUAAUAGUAAAAUUAAAGUAAGGGAAAAAAAAAGAUAUUCUUGUUACUCUGUGUAGGGAGAGACAGUUAAGAUGGGUUCUUUGCUAAACCGAGAAAAUAAAAAAGGAAAGAAGAAGAACACCAGCCCCAAGCGCAAAACUCCUCCCAAGACCAACACUAAGCCACUUGAUAACAGCAAGAAACCUCCCAAGCGGCCCUCCUCUCUAGAUAAUGCUGUAUCACCAGAGAAUAAGGAAGAGACUAAGGAAGCACUCAACCUCCCUGAGACAAAAACUGGCUCUGGGUCGCCCUUCAAGAACUUCACUCUAAGGAACUUGAAGAUUGGAUCCAUCCUGGCAUUUGCACGUAAGCUUGGACUGGAGGAGACAUCAGACGCCUUGCUGACCAUUGUUAAGACCAUUGUUAAACUGGUGAGUGAUAAACCUUGCGUCCUACCUGAGUCUUUGACGACUGAUUCCUUAAGGAUUGAACUCCAACAGCGUGGUCUCAGCUCACAGGGAGAUAGGAAGACGUUGAUACAGCGAUACAAACAACCCGAGGAUCGUUGUCCCUUACUUCAAAUCUCCCUGCCCAAGAAUGUGUACUGUAAGAUAGACGAGACCUGCCUGGGCGUGGAGUGCUGUAUGAACGUCAAACUCUUCAUGGUAUCUUUGGCCUUCAAGGCGUUCAUGCGCUUUGACCCUUGCGAGUUCCAGUUUGUACUCGGCGUCAACACGUGGAACUACACCAUUGAGAUCCUGGAUGCUGAAUUUGGUAAAGAAUGGGAAGUGCCCGUGCCCUUUGACAUCCCAUUUGUUGACGACGUGGAAAUGCAUCUGAGGUAUGGCAUUGAGAAGAGCAAAACUCAACUACUUGUCAGUAUGGCUGUCGGUUUCUGCCCCAAAACGGGAGAUGCUGAGUGCUUGGCAUUCAUCGAUGUACUGAAGGACACUGCCGUACCCUUACCCAUUUGUCAUCCCAAUGGGACCUUUACAUGGCCAAACAGUAAGCCUAGCUGUGCAAUCUGA